UCGCUUCGCGAUGGUUUCGUGUUCUGCGUAGGUCGUAGCAGAAGUUCUGUGGUAGAAGCUGCAGAAGAGGAUUGUCGUUCCACGAACGCCUCAAACGACGCGACAUUCGAGGCGUUCGCGGCCGUUUAAUCGCCCGCAAUGAGGCUGUUAUCUGCCUGGAAGCCUUUGGGCAGCGCUUGGGUGCAGAAGUCGAGCCGCUGCUACUCGGUCACCGCUAAUGGCGAGUACCUGCGCGGCUACGUGAGCGACAUGAUGGUGCGCUUUCGCGUCGCCCUGCGGACCCUGUGGCCCCGUGGUCGAGUGGCCGUCCGCCGGGGCCAGGGCCCGCCCGUUCUAUCCCGUUACCUCCAGCGCUGGGCGAAGCACACGCGAGCGGCCGACCUGCGGAGACACGCCGCCCGUCAGCUGUUCGCCGGCGCUCGCCUGCCGCUGAUGGGACUCACAGGCGUCUGUCUCAUCAACAAACCGUCGCUGGUCACUAGCGAAGAGGAGCUAGAGAGCGUCUGCGUCGCCCUGCGGGAGUUGGCCGUGACAAUGAGCCAGCAGCAGGUGGUGGCUGAGGUGCCAGACAAGGCACCAGUCAAGCUAAGUGACCUGGAGCUGGGCACAGUACUGGGCAAAGGCGCCAAUGCUGUUGUGUACAGUGGCCGCUGGAGGGCACCUGUCAGAAGCCAGCCGCCUCCAGUGACAACCAAUGACAGCAAAGCUGCCAGUGCUCCCUUGCUCAUAGCUGCUGCCAAAGAGGCAGACUCAGAUAUUGAGCAGACACAGAAAGAGGCAUCAACAGCAACGGACUCUACAGAGCCUGUGAAACACAUGCAAGAGUUCUCCCCUGCUGCUGCCAUGAAGGAGUUGGCAAGUGAUGGGCCCCCCUUUGACCUGGCCGUCAAGGUCCUCUUCAACUACUACGCAGCCUCCAAUGCAGCCUCCAUCUGGGACUCGCUGCAGAAGGAGUGCCUGCCCGUGCUGGUCAACCAGCUGCUGCCCACAGGCUCGUGGCGCUGCCGUCUGCCCCCCCAUGCAAAUGUAGUGGAGAUGCCAGUGGCAUUUGCGGACUCGGUGUCCCUGCUGCCUGGUGCCACCGUGCUCUGGCCCAGCGCCCUGUCUCCUCGCCUGCACCCCCGAGGCUGCGGGCGCAAUGCCACCCUCUACCUGGUGAUGCGCAGGUACCACUGCAGCCUGGCAGAGUACCUGCGGACUGGGGCAGCUGGCAAGGAUCCCCAGGUACGGCUGAGCCUGCUCUGCCAACUGCUUGAGGCUGUCUGCCACCUAAGACAGCACGGCGUGGCCCACCGUGACCUCAAGGCUGACAACCUGCUACUUGACCUUUCUAGGGGUGCAUCAUGUCCAAAGCUGGUCCUGUCAGACUUCGGCAGCUGCCUUGCCGACACCAACCUGCGACUUCACUUUGUCUCGCCCGAGGUCAACCGGGGCGGCAACCCAGCUCUCAUGCCUCCCGAGGUUGCAGGAGCCGAGCCAGGCCUGCUUUCGGUGAUAGAUUACCAGCGAGCUGACCUGUGGGCAGCGGGAACGCUGGCCUAUGAGUUGUAUGGGGCACCAAACCCCUUUUACCACCAGGACAGCCGAACCUAUGCCGAGUCGGACUUGCCCCAGCCACCAGAUGCCAUGCCUCCUGUGGUGCGAGCCUUGGUCCAGGAUAUGCUGCGAAGGGACCCAAGACAGCGCCCCAGUCCAGGCGUUGCCGCAACCAUCUGCCAGAUGCUCCUUCUCGCUCCGAAAGACCUCCUUGGUGGUCCUAAUGACUGCGCAGAUGCACGACGAGUGCUGCGUUGGCUGUGCAGCCUCGCAGCCGACACCUUGCCCCACUGGGAUUGCAGGAAAGAGAGGAGAGUUUCUCGAGCAGCUCUGCAGAGUCUUCCGCAGCCACCUCCUGGAGCUUCCACUCUGGCAACAGAGUGUGCCCUUACCAAGGAUCACGCAGUAGAUGUGGGCCGCAGAGCUGCGAUUCACAGCAAAGAUUUUCCAGAAGAGACUAAGGACAAGGGACUAGGUGAAAGGAUGAUGGGCAUCCCAGAGGCCGUUCACACUGUCGUCACAUCGGAUCACACAGCCUCACAUUUUGGCAAACCCAAGCUUAAUUCAAUGUCUCUUGAACUUGCAAAGGUCCUGCUGUCUAGAGUCAGCUUGCCACAAGCGCUCGAAGCACUCCGUUAUAUCUGGGCUCACCAGACCUGCAACUAACAUUAGACUAGCAAGUGUUUUGGAAAAAAAUUAAGACCCUUUUGUUGCCCCAUGCACUGCUAUGUGCUGAACAUUUAUAUUUUUUUCUCUCGAGUACCUGUAGCCAAAUUCCUGGCUGGAAUGUUUUCAAGCUAGCACUUAAAUGGCAUGUCAGCUUAACAUGCAAGUACAUAUAGUGUUGGAUAAGUACGAAUAAUGCAAGUGCACAACAAAACAACAAAGUUAGUAUUUUCUUGCAGAGCUUAAUAAACAUGCAGAUGCAGUGGCAAACUAGCGUUCCAAACAUUGUUAAGAAUCAACAAUGUAGAGAAAGUGUGCAAUAAAGAUAUCAAUCUAA